GGCGGGGCUCAGGGCCGCCCGGGCUGUGCGGGGUAGGUGGGCACGGACCAGGGGACUACGGGUCGGGGUUGGGCUCAGCGCGCUCCAGACAAAGGAGGUUCGGCGGAGGCCGGAAACUGAACGGAGGGGCCCGGCUGAGCGCAGCUGGCGGAUCUUUGGCUGUCGGGGGGUCUUCGUGGCCGCCUGAGGCUCUGCGGGCCGGAGCCCAGCCCGGGCUUCCGAUCCCCGUCCGCCCGGAGCCCAAUCAGGGCUUCCAAGCCCAGUCCGCCUGUCCGUAGCCCGACCUUCCGAUCCCCGUCCACCGGCCCGUAGCCAGGGCUUCGCCGGCUUUCCGAGGCUCCGCGGCUCCCGGUCGCCGUCGCCCCUGCCCCACCGCUGGAGGUGCCGAGCUCUGCCCAGAGAGCUCGCGGCCCACCCGGGGCUCAUGAUGGGGUUGAUCUUCGCUAAACUGUGGAGCCUCUUCUGCAACCAAGAGCACAAAGUAAUUAUAGUGGGCCUGGAUAAUGCAGGGAAAACCACCAUUCUUUAUCAGUUCUUGAUGAAUGAAGUGGUUCAUACUUCUCCAACCAUAGGAAGUAAUGUUGAAGAAAUAGUUGUGAAGAACACUCAUUUCCUUAUGUGGGACAUUGGUGGUCAAGAGUCUCUGCGGUCAUCCUGGAACACCUAUUACUCAAACACAGAGUUCAUCAUUCUUGUUGUUGAUAGCAUCGACAGGGAGCGGCUCGCCAUCACAAAAGAAGAGCUGUACAGGAUGUUGGCUCAUGAGGAUUUAAGGAAGGCUGCGGUCCUUAUCUUUGCAAAUAAACAGGAUAUGAAAGGGUGUAUGACAGCGGCUGAGAUCUCUAAAUACCUCACCCUUAGUUCAAUUAAGGACCACCCUUGGCACAUCCAGUCCUGCUGCGCUCUGACAGGAGAAGGGUUGUGCCAAGGUCUGGAAUGGAUGACCUCCCGGAUUGGUGUGAGAUAAUUAUUUGCUCAAAAAAGACUUCUCUAUUUAUUUUGUGACAUGAACAUUUUUCCUAAUACCUUUGGCUGCUGAGGCAGCAGCAUGUUUAAUUUAUAACAACACAAACCUCUAUGAGCAACACUUGAAUCAAGUGCAGCUGUGCUGGAACAGAAAAGGUGUUUUCUUACCUUUGUUUUCAAUGCACUAAUCUUCAGUUGGAUGAACAUAAUGUGUAACUGUUUUCAGCAACAGAAUUCUUCUGACUGCUUAUUCUAAUUAUUCGGUGACUGCCUUGUAAAAACUGUUUGUCAUAUUUUAAUCUUAUCUAAAGUAUUGUUAUGUCCUUUACAACUAGUUUCUUUCGGUUCUUGGCCACCACCUCCUCUUUCCCUCCCAGGUCAUUGCUGGUUGGUCAGCACGGUCAUAGAAAGCAUCAGAUACCACUUCUCCAGCACCAAAUAUUUUCUCUCUGCAAACCAUUUUUAUCCUUUGGACAGAAUUAAUUAUAAAGAAGAAAAUCUACCUAGAAGACACACAUAUAUGGAAGAUUAACAUGAAUUCUUGCCUUUCAACCUCCUUCACCUUACUGCAUGUCAUAGGAUAAUUUCAAGUUGCUAUUUGCAUGGAAAUUAAGUAGUCUGUUUAUUUAUCUAAGGAAUUUACUUUUCUGCUGACAUCUGGUCAAAAGCUAAUCAAGGUGAAAUAUGUAUUUGAAAGCUCAGCUUCGAUGGAAAUCAUCAACUCCAUUUGAUAUUUUAAGAUUGUCACAUUUUUCAGUGCAUAUAUAACUGAGAAUUUGCUAAAGCACACCAACAUGAAAUUAAAGUAGGACACUUGGAAUAUAUUUUACUGUUUACAUACUACUCUGUUAGCAGCAAAAAUUUCAUCUGUUGUAUGUGUCAGAGACAUCACAACUACUUUAAGCAGCCACUGAAGCAGACCCAUACCCAUAUUUCUUUUUAUUUCUUAAAAUAGGUAAUUGUAUCCCCUGUGGCAUUUCUAUCACCAGCGGCAGAUUACUGAAAAAUGAAAACCCUGAGCUUGUCCUUAAAUCUGGUUGAGAAUGUUAUAAAAUAGGCUUGGAAUGGUUGCUGUCUUUGUAGUUAGUCUUAAAAUCUUAUAGGAUACUGCUGAAUUUAACACUAGCUUUUAGAAUAUUACAAUGAGACAGUUCCUAUUCUUAACAGCUUAACAAGUCAUUUUAUUAAUUAUUAAAAUGAAGGAAAAGGUCAGAGUAUCAGUUUAUUAGGUAGUAUUCAAAAGUUCUCAAGGCAGUUGUCUUAACAUGAAAACUAAAAGUGGAUAGCUUAAAUUAAGAGGGGAGACAAGUAUUGCCAUUUCAAUCCUGUUUAUUCAAAUGUGUCAUUUUGCUGUAAUAAAAGGGAUAAAAUGUAUACUUAGGGCUAAUUCUUCAGUUUUGCAGUAUUUUUUAUUUGGCUCAGAAGUAAGUUUCAGUGUUCAAAAACACCUAUUCCAGAGUGGUGUUUUAAUUUCAUUUUGUUUGUAAGUUGGUUUAGAUUUUGCUGUUUCAAGGUGUUCUUUAUUUAGUUAAUUUAUUGGGUAAUGUUUUUAUUAGUGUUUGAACCCUUGAACUGAAAAAGUGACCAGAGGAAAAUUUUCCGAACUUUGAGAAAUGGUUGUUUUAACUUACUUUGAACCUUUUUUUUAGUGAUUCUGUAUCAAGUAGAGGACAAGUUUCGUUAUUUUUGUGUGUUUUGAAUAUAAUUCAUAAUCAAGAAUGAGAGAGAAGAGCAGAUGUAAAUCACUGUGAAUGCUUUGUAUUUGUGUGAUGGGGAAGGGGAUUAGGAAAACACCAUUUACCUAAAGCACACUCUGCCUGAAUUUCUCCUUCACUGUACUGUUUAACAUAAUUAUAAAUAUCAUUCUCAUAAGCCUAUUCUGAGAAAAAGCAUAUUUAAUAGCCCAAUAUUUCUUAUGAAAUAAUUACCUGCCUUCUUGUUUCUAAUAAGAUGGGCUGGUUCAAUUUCUUCUAUCAGAUUAUAUGGUUAUUUUUUAUAUUACCACAUCAGCAUUAUAUUGAAAGUGUUUUUAAUAGUUGAUUGUAUUUUGUCAAACAGCUACUAGUAUAGACUCAAAUUUGCUAUUUAAUUGUUAAAAUACAAUUUUAUUUUUUAAAUCCUUUUUUAAAAGCAUAUGAUUAGUUUUGGAUUAGAAGCAAAAAAUAUGUUAGCUAUUUGAAAAUGAAGUCGGCAUUCAAGUGGACACUGUGCCAAUGAUGGGGAGUCUGUUAGGGAGUUCCUGUGAGGCUUUGAAAAGGUUUUCAUCAAAUCUUCUGAUUACAGUAAGAGAAGGCAGACUGAUUAGCUUUUAUUCCAGGAAAAUGUUUCGAACCAAGCAUUGACUUGACUGUUCAUUGUGAAUCAGCUGACUGUAAAAUAAUAUUUGAUGACAAAUUAAAUUUAUGAUUGGUGCCUUUAUUCUUAUUUUGAGAUAGGUUCUCAGUGUUUUACUGCGUUCUUUAGAAAUCAGAUUAGCAGCUAGUUGGAUGGGAGGGAUUUGUGUUUCACAUACUCUUUCCAUGCUACUUAGCGAAGUUUCGAUCGUAGAAAAUAGGGAAUCCACUGCUUUACCUUCAGAUUAUAUUUUAUUUUUAAUUAGAAAAUAAAGAAAUUAAGUUUUAACUAAAUUCUUCUCAGUAUGCUAGAACAAAACUGUAAAAUGCUGCCCUUGCAAGUUUAAAUAUGUUGGUUUUCUUCAUCCAAACACGUCAUGUUCUUCACCUAGAAACCCGUCGUUCUUACUAAAACGCAUUUGAGAAUUGUUUUAGAAGUAACAGUCACUUUUGUAAGAGGUUGUGCUAAGUAUUUUUAUUAUUAAUGUAAUUUAAUUCCUUAAAACCUGAAAAUUUAAUAUAUAUAUAUAAAAUUUAUUGAAAAUUGAGAAUUAAAUAUGUAAUAUUUGCUUUAGGUUUUUGUGUAAUAUGCUUAAAGGAAUAGUAGUUACUUUUAUUCUGUAUUCACUCGAGGAACUAUAUACACAUUUCAUUAUUAAAAGAAAAAAAUUAAGCGACACUCCCCCCAGCCAUAUCAGUUUUUAAAGUGGGGGAACAGUCUGAGACAGGGCCUCUCCAGCAGCCACGGUUGAACUCCAACUCAUGAUGCUCCUCCCUCUGCAUCCUGAGUUCUGGACUUACAUAGUCAUUUUGAUUAAAUACAGCUUAAUUUUCAUAGAGUGGAAAGAGAACACAGUUACUUCCUGUGGAAACAGUGAGACACGCAGUAUUAAAAACAUAUUCUCUGAUGCUGUGUCAUCUCACAGUAAAGAAAUUUUUCAAGAAAAUAAAAACUGUUAAGUCUUUGAUUUCAUAUCUUAGGAUGAAUUAUGGACUGAAGGCACUCUAAUGCUCAGCUUUGGAAAAGCACACAUGAGAAAGCGUACUGGUGGUAUGUCUCUGGUUGGUUUUCAUUGCCAUUUAACUUCAUAGACCAGCUUUGAGUCCAACUUUUUAUCUAUGGCUUUGGAACCAAGUUCCUCACACAUCUAAACUUCAAUUCUAAAAGAUUCUCUUCCUUUUGUCACGGUAGAAUUAUUCAGGAUGCAGCAUGUUGUCUUGUAUUGUAGAGCAUUGUGCUGACUGUCCAAAGAACUGGAUUCGAAUCUUUAAUUGCCCAUUUAUCAAGUUGACCCAAGACAUUUACUGUUUGUGGCCUUAUCUUUGUUGUUCUUGUACUGAGGAACUUUUAGGGAAAGUAAUGCUCAAGUACGUCUUUUGAUUUUAGUAGUCUGAACCGUUUUAUACUACUACUAAUAUUUUUUAAAGGGAAGUGCAUGUAAUACUGAAUUUACAUCAUUUUAUUCAGUUUGAGUCCCACGCUCAUCACUUAAGUGUAUUAAUGCAAUUAAGUAGGGAACAAGUAUCCAUUUUUAACUGCUCUUCCAUUUAAACUGAAUUACUAGCUAGUGACAGUGCAAAAGAAAAAAAAGCCAUAUUCACUAGGGAAUGACAUUAAACUAAUACCAGGGUAUGUUGGAAAUACUGUUCUAGAGAAUUUACCCUCCUUAGUUUUCCGAUUUUGCUAGUUGGCCGGGAGUGAUUGGUUGACUCUGUUUAUUGCCUCUAGAAGGCAUUCGAAACACUGCUUUCUGAUGCUGAAAGAGUAGUACAGCCAGGACUUUGUUUCACAGAUGUCUGCCUAUGCGUGAAGUGCUUCAUAGUCAAAGUACGGCCACAUCUUUAUUCAUUUAAAAUAUUAGUGUGAAGGACUGAAACCUGAGUCAGGUUUCUAAAAAGAUGUAUUUUUGAGAAUUCUAGGUGAAUAAAGCUAAAGUACAGGUCAGCAGAAUGAAAGCAAAGGGUACAGGGGGAUUCUGUUAUUCCACUUCAAAUUUAAAGUAAGAAAAGAGUUCAGGGGCUGGAGAGAUGGCUCAGCAGUGAACUAACUGCUCUUGCAGGGGCCUGAGUUCGAAUCCCAGCACCCACAUGGUGGCUAACAACUGCCUGGAAAUCCAGUUCCAGGGAUCCAGUGCCCUCUUCUGGCCUCUGCGGGCACAGGAGCACUUACAUACAUGCAGGCAAUAUAUUCAUACAUACACAUAAAGUUAAAGUAGAAAAGUUCAGUUGGACCUAAAAUUGACUUUAAUUGUAUACUUGAUGAAAUGUUUAGAAAAUGUUAAUUUGGAGGUUUAGAGGCAUCCGUAGAAACAAACUUAAAAUUAGACAAACUUCAUGUAGUGCAGUCUUCAAAAGCUUGAUGAGGAAAUACAAAUGGGAGAAUAUUGACUUUUCUCCAUCCUUGCAUUUAAGGCACUCAACGUUCUAGCUGUUUAUUGUAGAACCAGGUGGUCUGUAUUGUAUUUAAUAGGGUUCAGAAGCCCAAAGAUGCAUUAGCAUUUAGAAUUUGGAGCUGUAGUUACACAGAGGCAUCUUUUGCUUUUUUUUUUUUUUUUUUUCUUUUUUUGAGACAGGGUCUCCUUGUAGCCCCAACUGACCUGGAACUCACUAUGUAGACCAGACUGGCCUCAAACUCACAAAGACCUGCCUGCCUCUGCCUCCCAAGUGAUGGGAUUAAAGGCAUGCGCCACCACGCCCGGCAUCUUUUGCAUUUUUAAAAACCAGUAGUCCACAUUUUCUACUGGAAAUGGAGAAAUAAUACAACAUGCUGUGUACAGAUUUGGAUAUAGAAAACUAAGCUUCUUAAUGCAAAUGUGUUCUUGCACAACUUGUCAAAUUUAAUUUUAAAAAAAUUACCUCACUUUUCAGUCCAUAAGGUGCUCUGCUCAAGUUGGUGGGGUGUCGUACCUUACAUUAAGCCCCCCUUCACCUAGACUGCAUUUGAAUCCACACUGGUAGGCUUCAGUGCCCCUUGGAGCUUUUGUUAUUUACCACCAGAAAGGCUAACAGGUGUGGAAUUCACAUGUGGUUUUCAUUAAAGCACUUGAGCAAAUGCUUAGCCCAUAGUUAGUUAAUUAAAUACUAUAAAGGAAAAGUCCUUCGUGGCGGUGACUGGUUGUGGUAUACUGUGACCGUCUGUCAGUAUUGUGUGGUGAUUGGUUGUGGUAUACCAUGACUGUCUGUUAGUAUUGCUCGGGCAGCAAAUGAUCACCAUGUGAUCCAGUGGCAUGUGAUUUGUUUGCAUGUUUUUACUGUGGCCAUGAGACAUUGUAGUCAUUUUAAUCUUAUUCUUUUGUUCAGGAAAUUGGGGGACUCUGUGGCUCCUUUUUUAUUCUCUCGUAGUAAACUUUCAAUCUAGUGUGAAAACUUUUCAUUUUGGUUUUGGAAAAGCUCAGCUGCUAUUUUAUUGAAAUGAUGAAAUAAAAUGAUGGUCAUGACUUUUCCCAGUUGUGGAAUGGUUAUCCAUUUCACCGUGCUCAUCCGUACCACAGAGCAUUGUUUAAGGUGGGAAAGCAAAGACUCCAAGCUGCAGGCUUGCUGUGCAGUUAUGGUAGUGGGAGUCUAAUGACUAACACAUGCCGCCAUCUUCAUAGAAAUUGGUGCUUUCGAACAUCAAAGAGGAAACUGGCCCUGUGUUCAAUAUACUCCUUGCGUCAGAUUGUAAAACUAUUUAAAUGUAUGUUCAUAUUUACGUUCAUUUCAUAAGACUGAAUAUUAAUUAUCUUUCAUGUCUCAGGCUUCAUGCCAAUACUCUGAUGAUAUCUUUGAUAACCAGCUCGGUCACAUAGAAGAUAUUAAUAAGGUCAAAAUUAGGAGUUUGAUCUCUUCAUGGUCCCCUUGGUAUUUAUAGGAGGGGGGAAAAUGUAUUUCAUGCCACAAACUGCUUCUGAACCCCAGGCAACUGCAAUGUGUGCCACUGGUUUAACACGUGCACUGGCACAAGCGAGUGUAAAAGCAAGUGGUGGUGGCAUUUUCCAUCAUCACUUCUUGCAAGUGGUUCUAAGAUUGUUCUGAUGGUGAGGUUGUUAAAGACAUGUGUUUUGAAUUUCAAUACUUCUUUACUCUCAUGAAAUGCUUCUUUUAAAUGUUAGGUCAUACUCGUGAUUUUUUUUUUUUAAUUUCUGCAAUUAUGUUCUAAUGAGUUGUUUGCAUGCCUACCUACCUAAGUAAAAGGAUGCAGUUUACUCUGGAAUGUUCCUCUUUUAGACAGGUUUUGGCUCGUUUGCAAUCAUGGUGCAAUAUAGUGUAACAUUCAUUUGUUUUCACUCCACUUUUAUUUUUGUCAUAAUAAAUACUUUUCCAAUA